AUGGAUCAACAUCAUGAUAGUUUGCGACAUAAACUCGUGGAACUUACAGAUUUUGAAUAUACACUCAUUUUGAUGACACGAACAAUGCGUCUUGAUGAAAUAAUGUGUUUAAUAAAAUUGCAUAUGUUUUUACCAAUGAAACUUCCCAACAAACCCCAUCAUAUUAUGAAUAUCGUAAAUAUGCAUUUUCAAAAAUCGUAUCCAAUCCACACAAUACAAACAAUGCUUGAAUUCAUAACAACAGAACCUAUGUUCGAUGAGAUGUUUAAAGAUAUUCCAAUUGAACAAAUGAUUAGAAAAUAUCAAAAAACAUUUGUCACGGAAUCUGUUGGUGUUUACGAAUUGUAUUUAAAACCAUAUACAACUAAUUGUAUUCAAUGUGCAACACCUUUGAACUUGUUAUUUUCUCGUCGUCCAAAAACAACUCGAUCUUUACUGGGCUUCACGACUACGCAGAUUCACCGCAAGUUAAUCAUCGCUAACGGACCUGAUGCUGUAUCAUUCAACACAGUUGCUUACUGGAUUCGUCGAUUUGCAAGAGGACGAGACUCGUUUGAAGCCGACCCUCCGAGCGGUCGUUCUGUAACCGUCGUUACCUCGAAGAAUAUUCGUGCUGUUAAACUUCUAGUCACCGACGAUCCGCACGUUACUACUGAUUACAUCGCAUGA